CACUCGCCCUUCUGCUCGGCUGCGCUCACAAAUAGAUCCCCUGGCUUGCCUUCGUGGAUCUGGGAAUGAAAAGGACGUGGCUGGUAAUGAGGUCGCUCACUCGCUGCCUGUCCUCUGCCGGCUCAACUCGUAGCUCGCUGCCCACCAGGAGAGACCGAAGAACCGGCGACCAGCAUGUCGGACCAGUCGGCGUUUGAAACGGACGUGUGGACCCUGACCCGGUUUGUCAUCGAGACGGGUCGCCAGGCUAAAGGGGCAACCGGCGAGCUCACCCAGCUCAUCAACGCCAUGCUGACCGCCAUCAAAGCGAUUUCAUCUGCUGUGCGCAAGGCAGGCUUGGCCCACCUGCAGGGUCUGGCAGGCGCUGUGAACGUGACCGGGGACGAUGUAAAGAAGCUGGACGUGCUGUCUAACGACCUGGUCAUCAACAUGCUGCAGGCCUCCUACAGCACCUGCUGCAUGGUGUCUGAGGAGAACAAGGAGCUCAUCAUCACCCCCAAGGAGAAGAGGGGGAAGUAUGUGGUCUGCUUCGACCCUCUGGAUGGCUCCAGUAACAUCGACUGCUUGGCGUCUAUCGGCACCAUAUUUGCCAUCUACAAACGGAUCACAGAGGGGGAGCCCACAGAGAAAGACGCCCUGCAGCAGGGCAACAACAUCGUGUGUGCAGGCUAUGCCCUUUACGGCAGCGCCACCCUCGUGGCUCUCAGCACGGGCGCCGGCCUCAACUUCUUCACACUCGAUCCUCCCAUCGGCGAGUUCAUCCUGACUGAGAGGAACGUCAAGAUCAAGCCGAAGGGGAAGAUCUACAGUCUGAACGAGGGCUACGCCAAGUACUUCCACCCCUCCAUCAACGAAUACCUCAAACACAAGAAGUACCCCGAGGAUGGCAGUUCCCCCUACGGAGCCCGAUAUGUGGGCUCGAUGGUCUCAGAUAUUCACCGCACCAUCGCCUACGGAGGGAUCUUCAUGUAUCCCGCCAAUGAGAAGAGCCCCAAGGGGAAGCUGCGGCUGCUUUACGAGUGCAACCCCAUCGCCUUCAUCAUCGAGCAAGCCGGCGGCCUCGCCACCACCGGCACCCAGAGGAUCCUGGACGUUCAGCCCGAGUCGCUCCACCAGCGGGUGCCCUUUGUGGUCGGCUCACCCGAUGACAUCAACGAGUACCUGUCCUUCGUCAAGAAGUUCUCCUAAAACUGCGGGAGCUUUGAUUGGCUCAGCUUAAAGUGCAGGGUUCUCAUAAUCGGGACCUGAAGGUGUUUCUGCUUUGGCUCUAAUGAUCACAGGGAAACAGGAUCUUUGCUCAGAGUUAAAGAUUCAUUUUAAGCUAAAAAAUAAGCAAUCAGGUUUAUUAAUGAUGCCUUCAUGAUUCAAACAAAUGGUUGAUGAGGUUCCUGGACCUGGGUCGGUAUGUUGCAUAUAAACAUAAAACAAAUCUGAUGGCAGGAGGAAGAA